CCCAUCCAAUUCUCAAAGGAGGGAAUAGGUUGUCUUUGGGAGCCCUAAAACCCAAGUUAAAGAGUCUCUCCCCCAUCCAAUUCUCAAAGGAGAGACUAGGUUGUCUUUAGGAAGUCCAAAACCCAAGUUAAAGAGCCUCCCUUCUCCCCUCCCCCAUCAUUUCUCAAAGGGGGAAGCAGGUUGUGUUUGUAACCCCAAAACACAAGUUCAAAGAGUUCUUUCUUCCUCUCUGAAUCUCUCCCCCUCCCUUCCCCACCCCCCUCCCGCGCCCAACCCGCUUCAAAAGAGGCAGGGAAGGAAGGGCGUGUGGAUGGAAGAGAAGGAGGAGGGGGAAAUGUUGGUGUCUGCUUCUCCCUGGAAACGCUGGAGGGACUGAGGCGAAAGUGAAGCAGCGGGGGAGAAACUUUCCUGGCCAGAGCCUGGGCUUGAGAGGCGAGGGAUGCUCCUGAGCCACCCCCAGCAGCAUCAGCAUCAUCAGCAGCAGCAGCGGAGGGCUUUGCUGGUGCCGCAUUGUGUUUGCUGAGGCUCCUCCCGGGUGGUGGGGGCAUUGGAAGCGUCCUACGAGGAGGAGGAGGAGGAGGAGGGAGGGAGGAGGAGGAGGAAGGCGUCAAGAGCAGCAGCAGCAGCAGUCUCUCUCUUCCUCGCCCACCUCUUUCUUGCCCGGCGCAGCUAGAGGGUGUUGCGUCCUCUCCGAUUCUUCCUCUCCGGCCUGAGUGCGAUGUGAAAGCUCUUGCCCACAUAACCCUGCUUUGCCAAGGAUUGGGAGCUUCAGCCUAGUACAUGCAUCCGAUAAUCAUCUUCUCCUACAAAAUGGAUUUUAGCCAGAACAACCUCUUUGGGUAUAUAGAAGACCUACAAGAACUUACUAUAAUCGAAAGGCCGGUCCGCAGGAGCUUAAAGACACCAGAAGAAAUAGAAAGACUGACAGUUGAUGAAGAACUCAAUGAUAUUGAAAGGGCCGUUUAUCUGCUCAGUUCUGGUCAGGAUAUCCAAGGAACAAGUGUGGUUGCAAGUCUUCCAGUGCUGAUGCGACAGAAUCCUACAGAGACACUAAGAAGAGUCUUGCCAAAAGUUCGAGAGGUCUUGCCUGUUGCAGGGGUGGAAAUGCAGUUAACAGCUGCCGUUUCACUUUUAACUAUUCUACAAGAGGAAUCCAUAUCCAUCCAUACGUACUCCCACUCCUUCCUGCCCAUCAUUCUACAGAAUUUGGAACACAGAGAUGCAGGUGUCAGCAAUGCCUGGUUGGAAACUCUUCUUGCUGCAAUAGAAGUUUUGCCAAAAGAAACCAUCAGACAUGAGAUCCUGAAUCCACUUGUUUCCAAGGCACAGCUUUCCCAAACACUUCAGUCUCGCUUGGUUAGUUGUAAAAUCUUGGGAAAAUUAGCUAACAAGUUUGAAGCUCAUAUUGUUAAAAGAGAAAUUCUCCCACUGGUAAAAUCUCUCUGCCAAGAUGUAGAAUAUGAAGUUCGUUCCUGCAUGUGUCGACAACUGGAGCUCAUAUCUCAAGGAAUAGGGACCGAACUAACAAAAAAUGUAGUGCUUCCUGAGCUGGUAGAAUUAGCAAGAGAUGAAAGUAGUAGUGUACGCCUUGCAGCUUUUGAGACCUUGGUCAAUCUGCUAGAAAUGUUUGAUGCAGAUGAUAGAAGUCAAACUGUCCUUCCAUUAGUGAAAUCAUUCUGUGAAAAAUCCUUCAAAGCAGAUGAAUCUAUUCUGGUUUCACUAUCUUACCACUUAGGGAAGCUUUGUAAUGGACUAUAUGGGAUUUUUACACCAGAGCAGCAUUUGCGAUUUUUGGAAUUCUAUAAGAAGCUUUGCACACUGGGAUUAGAGCAGGAAAAUGGGCACAAUGACAACCAGGUACAGCUCCAAACCCUAGAACAGGAAAAGAAGUACAUAUCAGUGAGGAAGAACUGUGCUUACAAUUUACCAGCCAUGAUGGUUUUUGUGGAUCCAAAAAACUUCAAUUUGGAAUUGUAUUCUACAUUCUUUUGUCUCUGCCAUGACCCCGAAGUGCCAGUCAGACACACUAUGGCUAUUGGCUUCUAUGAAGUUGCUAAGCUUUUAAAUACCGAUGUGUAUGUAAUACAUAAAGAACUGGUAGCCCUAUUACAAGAUGAGUCAUUAGAGGUGUUAGAUGCAUUAAUAGGUCACCUUCCUGAAAUCCUUGAAUUGUUGUCUACUGGAGGGGAAGGUGGUGGAUCAGACAGUAAGUUAUUAAAUUUUCCAGAGUUGAUUCCGGCACUAACAAGAGCGGAACAGAGAGCAGCAACUUCUUUAAAAUGGAGGACCCAUGAGAAGUUACUACAAAAGUAUGCUUGCCUGCCUCAUGUCAUCUCAAGUGAUCAGAUUUAUUAUCGUUUUUUGCACAGAAUGCUGACAAUCAUUAUGACAAAUAAUGUCUUACCAGUCCAAAAAGCCGCUGCUCGAACACUGUGUGUCUACUUACGUUAUAAUCGCAAGCAAGAACAGAGACAUGAAGUAAUCCAGAAACUGAUUGAACAAUUGGGCCAAGGAAAAAGCUACUGGAACAGAUUGCGUUUUUUAGAUACCUGCGAAAUCAUCAUAGAACUCUUUUCCAAAUCAUUUUUCUGUGAAUACUUCUUCCUCCCGGUGCUUGAGCUUACACAUGAUCCAGUAGCAAAUGUGAGAAUGAAGCUUUGCUAUUUGUUGCCCAAAGUAAAGUCUACCCUCAAGAUUCCUACAAAUAAACAUUUAAGGCAGCAGCUGGAGAUGUCUGUGAGAAAGCUGCUGUGUGAAGAGAAAGACAAAGAUGUACUGAGCAUCGUUAAGAAAAUGGUAUCAGAACUGGAUAGUAUGGAAACCUCUCUGGAUGCUUUUCAGAAAAGGUUUUAUGAAAAUGAUCUGUUGGACCAGCAAAAGGAAAGAGAGGAACACCUUCUCUUCGAAAUGGAACAAUUAGAGAAAGAGAAGCAACAAAAUGAGGGCAGAUCUACCAGUAUGUCUGAUAAAAUAUAUGAAAAGAAGCGUAGAGACAGUAAAACAGCAGCAACUUUGGCCAAAACUAUACCAAUGUCUGUUUCUGGAAAUCCUUCAACUGCUUCAUCAAGCAAAGAAGUAAAAAAAUCUAAAUUGGUUCGAAGUCAGUCUUUCAGUAGUCAAGCUUUGCACUCAAAAUAUAGCAACAUAGACAAGUGUUCCAGCAAAAGUUCUUCAGGAUAUUCAUCACUGUCAUCAGUAGGAAAGGGUUCUAUGUUCUCCUUUACAGAUGAUUCCUUCCGUACUCGUCCUAACAACUCCAGUGGGACCACUACUUUUUCCUCUUCUUCCUCUUUACCAUCUUCCUCUCGUAAUACAAGUAAUUCAGUUGAACAUAAGAGCAAUGGGAGUAAAGAAAGCCAUUCGCGGAAGGAAAAACAGGAAGUCCAACUCCUAGAGUUGCGUAAAGAAUGGAUAUACACCAAAGAUCGCUGCGGGCAACAUGGCUGAGGGCAAGGCAAAAACUGGAGUGCAACCUUGAACAUACUGACCAGAGAGAAGAGACUGACUACAUCCCACAACGUUAACAUCUUCUGUCAGUUAAAUAAAUUCCUCUGUUGUAAAAUAUCUUCAUAGAAAUAAUGUAAUAUGUGCAGAAUUCCAAUGUUGUAAGUGAAGUGUUUAAUUCAAUGUUACUUUAGCAAUGUGCUUAAAAACUGUUGCAGAUAAAGAGACAGGGUUCUCCCUCCCGCCGCCCUCCUCCCAUUUCAAUUAUGCCUUUUAACAGUUCAGGUUAUUCGAUUUGGAAUUCAAGUGCCCUGUACUUUAAAACAUACCUAUUUUAUGAGCUUUGGGGCAACGAAUAUGCCUUUGCUAUGGAACUAAGACCAUAUAGGUGAAACUGAUCUGCAUAUAAGAUUAAUUGAACACUUGACACUUUAAAAAAACUUUUAAGUAUCCAAGAAGCUUUAACGUGGAAUCUGGAAGCAUGGACAAAGGAAUAAGGAGAACAUAUUCAUAUACAACACAGUUGUGCUGUAAUUUUAAAUAGGAUUGCUUAUCUGGUGUAUAAAAAUCUCAAGAGGAUUUCCUUUCACCUUUUAACAGGUACAAAUACCUCCAAAAGCAUAUAAAUGAUUUUAUUAGUUUCAUAUUGUAAUUUUUGUUGUAUAAACAAUUGUUUUAACUUCCAGUACUUCAGCUUGUAGUUUCUCUUUAUCCAACACUUUAAAAAUGAUGAAUCUAGUUUUUAAUUAGUUGUUCUUUCAAGCUAUCAUGCUUUUAGCUCCGUCCACAGCAUUCUGUUUGUAUUCAUGCUCCCAUUUCUAUCAAAAUUUGCCUGCAACAUGCAGUUCUAUUUAAAGAGUUCUAUUUAUGCCAAUACUUGAGAGAGACUGUAUGAAGCUAUUGUCAGCUUCUCUAUUUCACAAAUGCAAUCAGCAAAACUAUAUUGAUAUCAGAAAUCUGUUUUUUAAAAUAUAUUGGUGUAUGAUAAAGAUAAUCUAAUUUGUGAAUGAA